AGAAAAUCUGCCUGUAAGAUAUUUCUAAUCCGUAAUUUAACUACUUACUCCGUACACUUGCUGCCUCCUUUUAUAACUAUAAAUAAAUCAGCCGCGGUGAUAACCGUGGUACCGAUAGGCAUAGCCGCUGCAUGGGCAACAUAAUCUGUGCAAACAGGACAAAUCGAGCAGAACUCAGCUGGAGAUCAUGUGACCUGUAUACUCCUUGGAAACCUCGUCGGGCAAGUAGCUGAGUGUUACUCCGUACUCCAUCAUAGGGUUGCAGUCCAUUUGAUAUCUUGGUAUACCCGUCUAUACUAAUAUUAUUGGUUCUUCACUUUUGUGGAUUUCUUCUUUUUAAGGCUCUGCUGGUGUUAUUUUAAUUUGGUUAUUGCCAACAGCAAGGAACCUCACCCUACACCAGAAGUCAGAAGUCAGGAAUACGAAGAGCGCUUGAUGUAAAAAUUAUUCAUCGCCCAUGGAGAAGAUACAUACUCGGGCUGUUGAAGCCCUUGAACCAUUCAUUCACCUGGCAAAAACCUCAUCGAAUUCCCCACCCUAUCUAGCAGGCAUCAUCACCAAUGCCACCUCCUCCCCAAACACAUUCGUAUUCGCAGAACUCCUCCAUGUUCCAGCUAUUCAGUCAUUGCGCUCUCCAGACACACCAGCUGAAUACCGCAAUCAUCUCACGCUUCUAGAAAUAUUCGCCUGGGGAACAUGGGAGGAAUACCAAGCAACCCCGAACCUCCCCCAACUAAGCGACAAACAAGCUGAAAAACUCCGUAUCCUCUCCCUCCUCACCCUCGCCACAUCCCACAACCCCCUCACGUACGCCAUUGCCAUGAAAUCCCUCUCCCUCCCCAACCAUGCCGCCCUCGAAGCCCUCGUUACAAAGGCCAUCUACUCCUCCCUGAUAACCGCCCGCAUCUCUCCAGCUACGACCCCAGCAUUUAUCGACGUGACCUCAACAGCACCCCUUCGCGACGUACGCCCCCAGUCAAUUGCCCCCAUGAUAUCCAUCUUGACAGAAUGGCAAGCGCGAUGCAGUGAUGUAGUAGGCGGCAUAGAAGCAGAGAUCGCAAAGAUAAAAGCCGACGCGGAGAAACGGAGAGCGAGGGAGAAGGAUCGGGCUACCCGCGUUGAGCGCAGCGUUGCGGGUUGGGAUGGCGAUGAUGAUGGCGAUGAUGAGGGGGGUUCCUCCGGAGCGGGAGCGGGAGCGGGAGCGGGUGGGAGCACCAGUUCUGGGGCGGGCUCAAAACACUCGUUGCCAUUCUCCGGCGGCGGGCGAGGCCCCAGCCUCCGCUCGCACUUUUCUGCAAUGGCUGGCGGUGGUGCUAGUGGGAAUAAACGUGAGCUCAACGAUUAUGGGGAUGAGAGUAGAUAUCGGGGUUAUGGGCGCAUGGACAUGGAUGGGCCGGCUAUGGAUGCUGAUGAAGGGCUUGGUGGCAUGGGCGAAUCUACGCGUCAUGCGAAACGCCUCUUGGCAUUGGGAAGCCGAUAGAUCGUUUGCCUCUUUCUUUUUUUUUAAACUCUUUUUAAUGAGAUCUAUGGUAGUACGAAAGCUUUCUGCUGUAGAUAUCUCCCAUCGAGGUGUCUCAUUUACGACACAUUGAAUGAAGUCGAGAAUCCUGCUUGAUAUGAUGUAGGUAUUCUCCAUGACAGGGGAUCAUGAACUCACUUGUAUACUUGCCUGGUGCCAUGAAGACAUUCUGUUUACUUUUCUGAACUAAUGGCUCGUCAAUGAAAUGUAAAUUUCACUGUGAACAUGUGUAUGAUAGGCCACGAAAUGUUUCCAAAUCGUGUAUCAAACGAAGGAUAAGAAGGUCAUGCAUGUUCGGCUCCGUUAGGUAUAAGAUUGUCAAAGAGGAAGACAGGAGGACUGGAAUCAAAUAAUAAAGAUAAAGCACAGGCAAAGCUUAGAAACAGGGCUAACUAAUGCAUAUAUAUGGUAGCUAAUACUAAUCGCUUGAAGCAUCUAAAAAAAAGAAAAGAAAAGAAAAAAGAAACGUAUGUGUUUCCAUGCUAA